AUGAAAGUAUCCAUCGCUACAGCACUCUGUCUCUUGCCCACCGUGCUAUCAUUUGGCGUUGUGCCACCAACCGCUGUUACAGUAACCACCCAAUCAAGCCAAGCACUCUUUGCCAAGGGGUUUGAUAAAUCUAAGAAGCCUGCGAGCAAGGAGAAAUCUGCUGCUCAAAUUGAGAGAGAACAGAUGAGCAAUAAGUAUGACGACAUUGCCGCUUCUGGGGGUCAAGAAUACGCCAUUUUCGUCCGCCAGUUUGGAGGAGAGGACGGAUCCUGGUUGCCAUGUGGAAGCAUUGCUGUUCCUAGAGGAGCUCAAGUUUCUGAUGCCAUUUUUGGAAACGAGGAACCACUCAAGCUAUCAAUUGUCAGAACUUUCCCAAAGUUGAAGGGUUUCGAGGCAGAAUUUGAAUACGGAUACAACCUCAAAAUUUUCCCAGAUGAUCCAGUCGAAGUUGCAACUAAGAACAUGAAGCCUGCUGGUCCUUCGAUUGGUAACUGGAUCUCCAAUGUUCUCAGCCCCAUCGAUGCCAGUAAAACCCCACCACCUCAAUAA